UUCUGUGCCUCUCUUGCUUCUCAUAGUUUUUCUCUCUAGCAAUUUUCUCUUGUUCAUGGUUUUUGCACUAGCGUUUUUCUGGUUCAUGGUUUUUUGCACUAAGGGUUAUUUCUGAGUCAUGGUUUCUUGCACUUAUGGCCCUUUUCCACUACCCUUUUUCAGCUCACUUCAGCUCACUUUGGCCCAACAUGGCUCGACUACCUCAGAGCAGCACGACUCAGCUCACUUCAGCCCCACUCAGCACCCAAAACUCGCACCGUUUUGCAGCGAGGCUGAAGCGAGCCAAACCGUGCUGAGUCGGGCUAGGAGCGUGAGGAGACACUCCCCUGUGCACUGAUUGGUGAGGAGGAGUGUCCUCACAUGCCCACACACGCCCUGCGAGCACGCUGGGAUCUUUAAAUAACCACCAUCUGUAAACACCGUAAACCCGGAAGAAGAAUUACAACGAAGAUGAUCAGCAAGAAAAGAAGAUGGAAGACCAACCCAAGCAAGGAAAGGCCAGCCAGUGGUCCAUCGUGGAGACACAGACGUUUCUCUGUGUUGUGGCUGAGGAGCGCAUUCAGAAAAGUCUCAACGGUGCUACGCAUAAUGAGAAGGUGUUCCAGGAGAUAUUCCGGCUGAUGUCGGAACACGGUUAUCCCCGCACCGUGGUUCAGUGCCAGGAUAAACUGAAGAAGCUGAAGAGUGAAUAUAGGCAAGUGAAGGACCACAACGGACAAAGUGGGGCUAGCCGAAAGCGGUGGAAAUGGUACGACCAGAUGGACGCUAUCUACGGCCACCGUCCGGCGAACCAGAGGGACACGGGUCUUGACACCGCAAUGCCUUUGUUGGAGGCGAUAGAUAAUGACUUGGUUGAGGAGGAGUCCGCCUCGGAACUGGCAUCCACCUCAGAACUGGCGCCUACCUUGGAACAGUCCGAAAAUGUUACUCCCUCCCUGUCUGCAGACUUCACGCCUGCAGGAGUUUCGACACCGGCGUUGGAACCGCAAGUGCUGGCUGUGAGCGCUCCAUGUCCUCACGCUGGAAAGAGGAAAAGGAGCUUGUUCCAGGAACAGGGCACUGUCCUGCGUGAGCUGCAGGCGUCCGCAGAGGCCCAGUGCGAACGCUAUGAGGCGCAGCGUGUGGCCCAGCACGAACGGCGUAAGGCCCAGCGUGAGGCCCAGCGAGAACAGCGUGAGGCCCAUCGGGAACGGCUCUUUGAGCUGAUGCUGGAAGACUCCCGUGCUGCGAGGGAGUUAGAAUUCGCUGCACGAAGCCACCAGGCAGCUCAGUCUGAGGCCUUUUGGGCAAGCACUACUCAGGGUGCUGGACCGGAUGGCGCAGGCGAUGGCUGCCACACGCACCACAAACCCCUGACUCUGGGUUCCCUGAUCCCUGACUACUGACUCUGCACAAUGCAUAGUCCACUGACUAUUGCACAACGCGCUUGUAUAUAGUUCAUGCCCAUGUAUAUAGUUUGCACUAUUCACCA